UUUUCAUUCAUUUCGCUACCUCUUGUGUUGUGAUAUUCUUAUCAAAUUUUUCAAAGUUGUGUUGAGCAAUAAAGUUGGAAUUAAUUAGCGGUCGAGUUGAUGGCAAAGCUUUGUUCAUUAUUUAUAAGUUGUCCAUCGGAGCAUACACUUAUUAACACUGUAUACACUUGUAAUAUGGUACUUCUUCCGUGUGUUGUACUCGUUAAACACGUUAUCAAUAGAUGAAGUUCAUUAGUGAGUUUUUGUAAUUUCGGCAGCUUUUAAGUUUCGUGUAAUAUGUCUGACUCGCAAUCAAAACGCCCUAUUAUUGGGUAUUGGAUGUCCGAAAGAAAGCGACAAAAGCUUAAUUGGCAAGAAUUUGGCAACGUUUGCAGGAACGAAGGAUUUGAAUUAGUUAAGAUCGACUUGGAGAGGCCAUUAGAAGAACAAGGACCAUUCGCUGUUAUACUUCAUAAACUAACCGAAUACAUAGCUAGAAACGAUCAAGAGGCCAUAUCGCUUAUUAAAUCGGUAGAAAAUUUUCUCACAUCGCAUCCUGAAAUAGUUGUCAUCGAUCCAAUUCAAAGUGUACGGAUCUUACUCGAUAGAUUUCUAUCUUACGAAGUGACUGCAAAAAGUGGACUCCAAGCUAUCGAUGUCUUCACUCCUACUUAUGUUGUUUUAACAUCAAACAAUGUUGCUGAAAACGUAGCUAAGCUACAGUCUUACGGUGUUACCUAUCCCUUUGUUUGUAAACCAUAUGUAGCGCAAGGAACAAAUGACUGCCAUAAGCAGAUGGCGAUAAUAUUCAACGAAGAAGGAGUAGCCGAUUGCAAACCACCCUGUGUAGCCCAAUCUUUCGUCAACCAUAAUGCUUUAUUAUUUAAAAUAUUCAUAGUGGGUGAAGAAUACCAAGUAGUCGAACGACCAUCGUUGAAAAAUUUCUUUCCUUCGGACCAUCCGACGAUAUUUUUCGAUAGCCAUAGCGUAUCGAAAUCCGAUUCUAGUAGCCAGCUCAGUGUAUUAGAUCCCGAAGAUCAGUCCCACGUACCGUGCAGCGACAGUAAAAAAUUAGACAUUAUUGUAAAAACAUUAAGAGAAGAAUUAAACUUGACUUUAUUCGGUAUCGAUAUUGUUGUCGAGAAUCAUACCGGAAGACACGCGAUUAUUGAUAUCAACGUAUAUCCCGGAUACGACGGAUUUCCGAAUUUUUUCUCCACUUUGAUGAACUGCAUUAAGAAUAAAAUAGAAGAAAAGAGAUGCGGCGAUGCUGAGAACAAAAGUUUCAAAUUAAAGGGCAAAGAGACGAAACCGGAACAAGACGAUUCCGGAUUCGAUACGUGCGACUCGAGCGAUGAACGUAAACAUAGACAGUUAUUUACAUCGUCGUCAAUUAACAGUAAAACUAAUGUCGCUUCCAAGAAAGGUAUUAUUAAUCGCACAUAAUUUGUACAACGUUCUGAGAUUGUUACCAAGUUUUAAAGACAUAAUGUACCGGCUUUUUUUUCUAUUUAUUUGUAUUGCGAGUAUUCGAUAAUAUUUUACGGUAUUCCUCUUUUUUUUUUUACAAAAAAAAAAAAGAAUAUUUUUUAUUUAUUUUAACGUAAUAUUAUACACUAUAGUAAUAUUAAUCCCAUCACACUUCUUGCGUUGUUUUUUGUAUUUGCAUGGCUGUUUUACCCGCGUUGAAUCCCGCCAUUAAUUGUAUUUCUUUGUUUUUUUUUCGGCCGAGUGUUGUUGUGAUCUUUUUUUUCUUAAAUGUGAUUUUUGUACGUUUCAAUUGUACCGUACCUAUUUACUUUACACCUAGAGAAAUUCUACGAUAGUAAUUUCAUCUUUGUCAAUUAACGAAUAGAGAGGUGCUGGAAUCGAUACUAAGUUGUUUUUUGUUUUCCUUGUUGCAUUUAAACUUUUUUUUUCUACUGAUUUUUGUAGUUGUUUGAUUAUGUAAGCUAUUCAUUGGUAUUUAUUUUGUUAUUGUUUUGGCUACCAAAAGAAAAGUUUGUAAUUCGGUUUAACUCGAGUUUCCUUUUACGAUUAAGUUUGACCCAAACCUAGGUGUAAUUUUGUGCAAUUUUUUUCCUCUUUUUUUCUUUUUUGAAAAUUGUAUAUUUUUAAUAAAAAUUCUAUCGUUAAAGUACCUAUCGCUAGUAACGACGUCUUUGUGAGAUUUAUUUCAGCUCUCUGGGAAUUAAAAAUUUGAAUUUCGUAAACUUUUAAUACAUUUCUAAAAAGAAAAUUUUAAUAACGCUUAAAAUUAACAUUUUUUUGUAUGAAAUUUUGUAUUUGUUAAAUAAAUCUUAUAUAUUUGUUUUUA